UGAUUAAAUACUGGUGUGUGUUUAUAAUGGGUAGCAGUUAAUAUUAGUACUACUUAAAAAUUUUUAAAUAUAUAUAGAACUAUUUAGCGGAAAUUUGACAAAUGGAACAAUUGUAUCAUCAAACAAAUGGAAUUAUUCAAGAGCUUCAACACAGCUUUCAACUGCUGCCAAGCUCGCAAAAGAGCAAUGAAGUUGAGAAUGAAAUUAUACAAAAAAUCAAUACAGUUGAUUCUUAUUGUGUUCAGUUGGAUGCAUUAGUGUUCAAAGUUCCAGCUUCACAAAGAGCACAAGCUAAAAUGAGGGUGGAUCAGUUGAAAUACGAUGUUAGACACUUAACUAAUGCAUUGCAACUUUGGCAAAAAAAAAAACAAAGAAAACAAUUAUCUUUGGAUGAAAGAGAACAAUUAUUAAAUCAUCGGUUCACAGGUCAUUUCGAAACAAAAAUAAUUAUAGAUAAUAGCUUAGAGCACAACAAUUCUUUGGAAAAUGCACAUAAAGGUAUUGAUGAAAUGAUAUUUACGGGAGGAUAUAUAUUAGGAAGUUUAAAAAACCAACGGGGAAAGCUAGGUGACGCAAAAAAUCGGAUAUUGAGCAUAGGAAAUACUUUAAAUCUUUCGAACCAUGUGUUAAGAUUAAUUGAAAAACGUUUUACUGAGGACAAAAAAGUUUUGUUUUGUGGAGUGAUCAUGACCGUUGCGGUAAUGGGCUUAGUAACAUACAUUUUUGUACUUUAAACGGAUAAAAAAUUUAUAAGAGUUUUUUUAAAUAUAAAUCGAAAAAUAGAAAAUUUAAGUUAUUUAAAUUCCAAAUGUUUAUAUACACAAUUAC